AUGGCCAGGCUUAGCACAGCCCGUUUAUUAAAUGGGCCGACUCUAAACGGGUCGGACGUACCCGGCACGGAUAACUUGUCUUCCUCCCCUCCUUCCCGAUGUAUCUAUAGCGUUCUCGAGAGACUACGACAGGGAGAUGAUAAAGUCUUCACACCUCACGUAGUCUCUAUUGGCCUACUUCACCAUGGAAAUGAACGCUUAAAGGUUAUGAAGGUUCACAACAAGAGGUACCUACGAGAUUUUCUAGAAAGAAGCCAACUAAGCGUGGAGGAUUAUCCAGAGAAAGUAAAGAAGCAAGAACAAAAACUGAGAAGUUCUUAUGAAGAAGCCAUUGUCUUUACCAGCGAUCAGUUUGUAGAAAUGGUUCUAGUGGAUGCUGCCUUCAUUACUGAACUCUUGGUGAAGUCGAGUUUCCGAAGAUUCCGAAAUGAAGAAGACUGCAUAUAUAGUAAACCAUGGAGGGUCUGUGAUGUAUUGUCUGAACUGUGGAUACUGGAAAAUCAGCUAUCACUUUGCAUUCUCGACGAUCUCUUCGAUGCAAACAAUUAUUUUGAAUCUACUGAUAAGCUUUCAAUAAUUUCCCUCUCGUACCUGUUACUCAAUUUCAAAAAAUAUGAUGAGAAGACCAAAGAAUGGAAGGAGAUUGAAGAACUUUUUUCUGGCAGAGAAAGACAUCAUUUUGUUGAUCUUAUAAGAACUCACAAACUACAGAAUGCAAUUUCAAAAGUUAGAAGGAAGGGAAGACUCGGAGGAAACUAG